GGCGGGCAGCCGAGGGGAGACGGCGGGCGGGCGGCAAGGCGAGCGGUCAGGGCAGCCGGAGCGGCCCCCGCUCUUCGCACGCUGCUCCGCCGCCCCCUCCGCCCUCGAGGCAGCCUGAGCCGGGCGCUCCGCCACCGCCGGCCGAGAGCGGCGCUGCGACGUCUUCGCGCGGCUGAAACGGGCCCCGCGGGCGUCUCCGGGAGGGGACUCUUCGCAUAGCUGUCAAGUUCUCCCCUUUUUUAAGGGAAAUUCCCUUAUGCUGAAUAGGCUUCAUCGCGAGAAAAAAGGGAAAACUUGACAGCUAUGACUCUUCGGCUGAGGCGGCGUGGUUUUGGCGGGCCUCCUCCGUCUGCAGGCCUGCUGGCGAAGCGGGGAAACUCCCGCCCCCCUCCAGUCCUUUGGCGCCGCAUUUCUGCUCGCUGCCCAGGGCAGAGUCAGCCCCUUGGAGUCAGUGGAGUAGCCGCGCGCAGCCGCAGGAGGAGUCUUUCAGCGCAAUGCUGCUCGUGCUUACUCGGAAGGAAGGGCCACGGGGCUCCGUGGAGGCGCUUACUCCCGCGUAGGCAAGCGUUGGAUGGGGAGAGGGCUCGGGAGCUGCUUCCCGUAGGCUGGCCGCUGUCAGGGCAGGAUGCUGGGCUUAGAGAUGCCCGGAGCCAGCGCGGGAAUCAAGUACCAGCAACUCGCCCUUGUGUUUCUUCCAACCCAUUUCCCGGAGGCUGAAUAUGUCGGGUGCCUUACAUUUCUGUGUUUCCGAGUUUUAUUCAUCUUAUAUAUGAUAGCUUUGCUCAGUACAUGGUAAAAGAGAAAGGUUAUGAUAAAGAACUGCUGAACGUAUCUCCUGAAAGCUGGGAUUUCUGCUUUAAAGGCUUGGUGUUGGAUAUGGAAAAUGGCAACUUCCUUAAACUCGCAGAGGAUGGAACUGUUUUGAGGGCAAGCCAUGGCACAAAAGACAUGACCUCUGAAGAGAUCUUAGAUACAUAUGGAAGGAAGGAAUGGAGACACUUCAAGACAAUGAGUGGAAUGGUUUCUCGUUCAGCUAAAUAUUAUGCCUUUGACAAUUACUUUGAUCUGCCUGGGGCACUUCUUUGUGCACGGAUUGUUGAUAGUUUAAACAAACAUAGUCCUAGGCGAAAGUAUGACUUUUGGAAGGAUAUGGUUGCUGCCAUACAGCAUAAUUAUAAAGCUUCAGCUUUUAAAGAAAAUGCAGGGACAUACUUUCCAGAAGUAAAACGCAAUCCAGGAAAAUACAUACAGUGUUGUCCUGAUUCUGUCAAAAAGUGGCUGAGAAGACUCAAGGACAGUGGAAAGAUUCUGCUAUUGAUUACCAGUUCUCACAGUGACUACUGCAGGCUCUUAUGUGAACACACCUUAGGGAAUGAAUUUGAAGACCUUUUUGACAUUGUAAUCACAAACGCCCUGAAACCAGGUUUCUUCUCUCAGCCACCAGAUCAAAGACCUUUCCGAACACUUGAGAAUGACGAGGAACAAGAGGCCCUCUUAUCCUUGGACAAACCUGGCUGGUACUCCCAAGGUAAUGCAACCCAUUUGUAUGAGUUGCUGAAGAAGAUGACUGGCAAACUAGAACCAAAGGUUGUUUACUUUGGGGACAGCAUGCACUCAGAUAUUUUCUCAGCCCAUCACUAUUGUAACUGGGAGACUGUCCUCAUCUUAGAGGAGCUUCAAGGGGACCAUGCUAUGGUGCCUACAGAGACAGAGUCUGAACCCUUAGAGAAGAAAGGAAAGUAUGAGGGACACCUCCCAAAAGCUCUUCCUUCUGUUUCUAAACAGUGGGGUUCUUUCUUUGUGGAUACCAUUUCAGGAAAGGAAGAGACAGAGGAAACUUUAGUAACUACGUGGUCCUGCAAAUGUGUUAGUGCUUAUAGCACCAUCACAAUCCCAAGUAUUGAAGCAAUAGCAGAUUUACCACUGGAUUAUAGAUUCACCAGAUUUUCUUCAAAUACCUCAAUAACUGCUGGUUACUAUCCUAAACCUCCAAGAUCAUUAUUAUCAAGUGGUGGGCUAAUGGUAACCAAAUAAAUCUGUAAGGAAAAGAAAAUCCAGAUGCCUUUAUAUAGUGUUAAUGAAUAUGUCAGAUGCUAAUUGAGAAGCUUACCAAUGAAAUCUGAACAAUACAUUUUUUUAAACCCCAAACAGAUCCAAAAAGAAAUUAACUGUUUUCUGUUCGCCAUAAUAGAUGAGUAAUGAGUGUGGGUCUAUAAUGUUUUCUAAUGUUGCCUGUUCAGAAUUUGCUGCCAUCUUUUCAGUUCAUGAUGCGAUAAUAAACACUUUGACACUUCCAUCCACCACAGUUCUUUUCAUACAUACAGAUCAUAUAUGUCCUUUCCCAUGGUACAGAAGCAUGCACUCGCCCUCAACCAUGCACACACCUUCUGUAGCAAUAUGAGACACAAGAAAGCUCUGUGCAUAUACAGACCUUGAAUGAAGGUCCAACUAGCAGGAUAAUUAUUCAAAAAAGAAAGGAAUGUGUGUGAAUAAGGCUGUGUUAUAUGUAGGAUUCAAGGAUCAUACACAGCUGCUCCUCCACAAUGGAGAGGGACUCUGAUUCCUGGUAAUAACUGCCCAUAAUUUCACAAUCUAAAUAGGCUUCAGUGCUUUAAUGUUUGGUCCCUUUAAUUUAAAUCACAGCUACUUUCUACUUCCACAUUUUUGUCAGCCACAAGGACUGGUGUACCUAACCUCUUUGUGCACUUUCCCCCUAGUAUGGCCACUCGUCAUAGAAAGGAACCAGUAUUAUUUUUUAGAAGAUCUGAUGGUGAAUAACAAUUCAUAACAAAGGGCAAUAGACUAAAUGGGGUCCUGAAUUUGUAAAACUGGCCCAGUUUCUAAUAUUGCAAGCAGGCAAAAUUCCUAAUAGAACUACCCUGUGCCUCAUCUAUGAAGAAGUCAACCUCACAUUACUCCCAGGUCAGUGGGUAUGGAAUUGACUUACUUGGUAGUAAGCCCAUGAGCUCAGUACAGCUGUUUAUGAGCAAGAAUGCAUAGGAUUGGGAUGUUAGGAAUUUUCUUGGAAAAUCUGCUACUGUGCAAGCAGUUUUUUGUGGGGGCGUCCUUAAAUGCCAGGACCUCUUCACUUUUGAUCACCUAUUGUUUUCACCAGUCCAAGGUCUGGAAGUUUUCCAUAUUGACUCAAAGGACAUAGACCAGGCAUCCCCAAACUGCGGCCCUCCAGAUGUUUUGACCUACAACUCCCAUGAUCCCUAGCUAACAGGACCAGUGGUCAGGGAAGAUGGGAAUUGUAGUCCAAAACAUCUGGAGGGCCGAAGUUUGGGGGUGCCUGACAUAGACUCAGAUUGCAAGUUUGUCAGUACACUGUUUUGUCAGCCGAAGAAAUCAUGAUAUCCCAGAUUGCAAGCAGCCUGUUGUGGACUAGUUCACCUUUGGAAAGAAUGAUCUGCUGUAAUAAUCAUCACAAGUCCAAGGAUCUGUUGUAUAAACCUGAAACAAUAACUUCUAAAAUCUUCCCAUGUGCUUUGGCAAUGCUCAUCUGUAUGAAGUUCAGAAUAAAGUUUGUUUAUUUAUUUAUUCCUGAGAAGCUCUGGAUUCUAUUACAAAAACUUUGUAGGAAAAAAAGGAAGGUGAAACACAUAUUCCUGAAAGCACAAUAAAAAUAUAUAUUCAGAGAUCAUUAAUCAUGCUGAUUCAUUACUGAUGAUUGUCAAUUACUCAGCGGAUACAAAAUAAAGACUAAGAUUCAUAGUAACAGCUUGAUUUCCUCCACUUUGAGAAAGGGUUGAGCCUUGGUGUGUGCUGAAGUCAUUGACUUGAAAUUGCUUCACUGUGUCCAAGCCCACACUGUUUCUUGCAUGCAAGCAUUUUAUCAGAUGUGCUGCCAGAAAGCCUUGCAAGGACAACAGCGGUCUAGUUAAAUGCCUGGUCCUCUGAACUAGGGUUGCUAGGUCACAACCUGAAGAAUGUGGGUGCAGCUUUAAAUUCCCCCGGCAUAGCGGAAGAAGAGGGAGCCACGUCAUCAGCUGCCCUGGCUCUUGUUUUGUUCACCCACUCCCUCACCUGCCAUGUGGCAGGGCCAGAUGUUACACCUGCUGCCUCAGCUCCCUGUUAUGCAGCAGUUUCAAAAGUCAAAGGAGCAAUCUCUGGAUGGCAGUCUACCAAACCUAAUCUGAACAUCCAUCGGUAGGUAUAUGGGAAAUGCACCCAGAGGACAAAAUGUAUUGAGAAGUUAGUGAUCUGACAUGGAGCCCUUCCUGCCUCUGUUCCUUCCCCCUCCCUCACUCUUGUUAAGUUUCUUGAUGUUGUGAGAACAGUCUUAGAUGUUGUGAGAACGUUGGGAAGAGGUGCCUCAUCAGUUGUAGAGGAUAAUGCUGGGUACCUUAUUUGAGAAAGUGAGGCAUUGGGAGGGGGUGGCUAAUGGAUGAUCUGCACGUAACCAGUUUUGAAGGCCUAACAGGCUAUCUAUAAAAUAGGUUUGGGCAGAGUUUCUUUAAAACUCAUGCACGGACUGAUUGGCUGCAGGGCUGUGCAAACUGAGGUUACCUGGGGAAGUCGCUUUGCUGCUUCUUGAGGGCUUCCAAGUGGCAUGUGGAAGUGCUUGCUUGGUAUGUAUACGUUGCUUGCUGUUUUAGAAUAAAAUCUUUACUCUUCUCACUUACUUGUGUAUUUUGUAUUGCUUAUGAAUCUCAUUUUAAAAGAACCACCUUGCCUUUGGCAAGAGAGUUAGGUUGCACAACAAAUGAAAUUAGUUUUGUCACAUUUUUGUUGUUUGCUCCAUAUGUGGAACUGAAAAUUAAACACAUGCAUCUCGUUGGUAAUGUGGAAAUGAUGUGAUAGGGAGGUCUGCACCUGUUUGUAGCAUCCCUGUUAAAGGUAUAGCAGCACUGCCAGGAGAAAAUGCAGCAGCUUCCAAAGAUAAGGUAUGACGUGUGAGAUCAGUAAUCAGAUAUCCUGAUGUCUUUUUUCUAAAGAAAAGCCUCAGGUGUUCCAGUUUGGAUGGACAAUGUGGUAUGGGGACAUACAUUUUUUUUUGAGAACCUCCUGCUUCAGAGACUGCUUGUGUGUUUCCCAUCCAUAACUAAAAGCUCUGGGUAGGAGGGAUUUGCAUUAGGAGGCUAGCAUAGUAUAAAACUCUUCUCUCUCCAUGUUGCAGGCCUGAUCCCUGUGUGCGCGUGUGCGCGCGCACACACAAUCUUAUUUUAGGAAAGGCCCAAAAUAUGAAGAGAUCCAGACAGGGGUCUGCUGCAUCAUGUGUAGUUUGUCCUUCAGCCCACAUACUUACAGGGUCCUCACCGCAGGAUCACAUUCAUCCAGUGCUUUACCAGCUGCACUGGCUCCCGGUGGAGUACAGGGUCAGGUUUAAGGUGCUGGUUUUGACCUUUAAAGCCUUAUGCGGCUUAGGACCCUCGUACCUAUGGGACCGCCUCUCCUGGUAUGCCCCGCAGAGGACAUUAAGGUCCACAAAUAAUAACAUACUGGAGAUCCUGAGUCACAAGGUGGUUAGACUGGCCUCGACCAGGACCAGGGCCUUCUCAGUACUAGCCCCGACCUGGUGGAACACUCUCUCUCAGGAGACUAGGGCCCAGCGGGAGUUGUCAUCUUUUCGUAGGGCCUGCAAGACAGAGCUGUUCCGCUUGGCCUUUGGACUGACUCAGUCUGACCCCGGUGUUACCCUCCCCAUAGGCUUUAUCCUACAGAUAUUUAAAUGAGGUUGCACUUGUAGAUUCCUAAUUUUAAAAUUGAAUUUUAACAUUGUAUUUA